UCUGGCUCUCUCGCAACCGAUUCUGCAGUUUUCCACAGAACCGUAUCCAUUGGCUUCAAACCCUUUACAGUUCGACUAGACCCACACAGUAUCUUUACCGAGUAAUUUGCUGAUCAUGGAAGGAAUUCUCGAUUUCAGCCAGGACCUCGAUGUUACCCUGCUAGAUCGCGUCGUAACUUGCUUGUUCUCUGGAGGUCCCGAGCAUAAACAAGCACAGCAGGUUUUGACCCAGUUUCAAGACCACCCUGACUCUUGGCAAAGAGUUGAUCAAAUCCUCGAGAAAUCUCAGAGUUUGAACACUAAGUUCCUUGCAUUGCAAGUGCUCGAGAAGUUUAUACAAACCAGAUGGAAGGUGCUUCCCGCUGAUAAUCGUAAUGCAAUCCGAUACUUCAUUGUCAAUGUGAUUGUGAAAGUUUCAUCCGACGAAACGUCUCUUGUCCGCGAAAAGACGUAUCUUAACAAACUUAAUAUGGUUUUAGUGCAGAUCUUGAAGCAAGAGUGGCCUCAAAAUUGGCCGGCCUUCAUUCCUGAAAUCGUCGCCUCCAGCAAGACUAAUUUGUCAUUAUGUGAAAACAACAUGGCUAUUCUGAAGUUACUCAGUGAGGAAAUCUUUGACUUUUCUGCUGAGCAGAUGACUCAACAAAAGACAAACAACUUGAAGAACCAAAUGUGUGGCGAGUUUUCAGAAAUUUACCAGCUUUGCAAAGAAGUCCUUGACAGAGCACAAAAGCCCAGUUUAAUCAAGGCAACCUUACAAACAUUAUUGCGAUUCCUCAAUUGGAUUCCGCUCGGAUUCAUCUUCGAGACUGAUCUCAUUGAGACUCUCACCAAUCGAUUCUUUGAAGUAGCAGAGUUCCGUAAUGUUACUCUGAAAUGCUUAACUGAGAUUGGUUCUUUAGAAAUCCAGGAAACGUAUAACGAAAAACUUGUUGUUCUCUUCAACAUCGUCAUGGGCAACGUCAACACCAUGAUUCCUCCAAGCACUGAUAUUGCCGCUAUCUAUGAUGCUAGUAGUGACGAUGAUCAGGAGUUUAUCCAAAAUCUUGCCAUGUUCUUAACAAGCUUCCUUGGUGCACACUUAAAGACCAUUGAACAAGCAGGAAAUCACGAACUUCUAAUCAAUGCUCAUUUCUAUGUUAUCAAAAUCUCUCGAGUACCCGACAGAGAAAUCUGGAAGAUCUGUUUGGAGUACUGGUCAAAACUUGUCUUGGAACUUUACGAAGAAGUCCAAGCACUUCCAAUCAUGGACACUCCGGUUCUCAACCUUGGAGGAGCUGGAGCACCAGUCAACAAUUACAACUUGCGCAAACAUUUAUAUGCCGACAUUCUCUCCAACUUGCGACUAGUCAUGAUUGAACGUAUGGUCAAGCCCGAAGAAGUGCUGAUCGUUGAAAACGAUGAAGGAGAAAUCGUUCGUGAAUUCGUCAGAGAGAGCGAUACAAUUACAUUAUACAAGGCAAUGCGCGAAGCCUUGGUAUACCUUACUCAUUUAGAUGUCAUCGAUACUGAGGAAAUCAUGAAGACCAAGCUAGCACGGCAGAUGGAUGGCAGCGAAUGGUCAUGGAAUAACCUGAAUCAGCUCUGCUGGGCGAUUGGUUCCAUUUCUGGUGCUAUGAGCGAGGAGACAGAAAAGCGCUUCCUUGUCACCGUCAUCAAGGAUUUGUUGACUUUGACAGAAAUGAAGAGAGGAAAGGACAACAAGGCCGUUGUUGCUUCAAAUAUCAUGUACAUUGUCGGUCAAUACCCAAGAUUCCUCAAAGCUCAUUGGAAGUUUUUGAAGACUGUUGUCAACAAGCUAUUCGAGUUCAUGCACGAAACUCACGAAGGUGUUCAAGACAUGGCAUGCGACACUUUUAUCAAAAUUGCUCAAAAGUGCAAGCGACAUUUCGUUCUCCAACAAGCUGGCGAAGCCAUGCCAUUUAUUGAUGAGAUUUUAGAAACAAUCGACAAGAUUACUCGUGAUCUAUCUCCACAACAAAUACACACCUUUUAUGAAGCUGUUGGGUACAUGAUUUCAGCGCAACCUGUAAAGCAGACGCAAGAGAGACUCAUCGUCAAGUUUAUGGAGAUGCCCAAUCGUGCCUGGGAUGAUAUAAUGCAACAAGCUCGAUCCAAUGGCGACGUCCUUAACAAUCCAGAAAACAUCAAAAUCUUAGGCAACGUUCUCAAAACCAAUGUAGCUGCCUGCUCAUCUAUUGGGCAAGGCUACUUUGUUCAAUUAGGCAAGAUCUACUUUGAUCUAAUGGGUCUGUAUAAGGCUGUCAGCGAGUUGGUUUCAAAUACCGUAGCUCAACAAGGCGUGAUUGCUGCUAAAACACCCAAGGUUCGCGGUCUCCGAACUAUCAAGAAGGAAGUUCUGAAGUUGAUCGAUACCUACGUUAAAGUUGCGGACGAUAUCCAGGCCGUUAAGGAUAAUAUGAUACCGCCGUUGUUUGAAGCUGUUCUCAGUGACUACAAGGCCAACAUUGACGUUGCCAGGGAUGCCGAAGUUCUUAAUGUCAUGACUACCAUUGUCAAGAGACUUGGAGGCAUGCUCACAAACGAUAUCCCUACGAUACUCGAGUAUACCUUUGAGCCAACCUUGAAUAUGAUCAAUAAGGACUUUUCAGAGUACCCCGAACAUCGUGCAGGCUUUUAUAAUCUAUUGCGAGAAAUCAACCUGCAAUGUUUCCCAGCUCUCAUUCCCAUGCUUCCUAAAGUUCAGUUCAAGCUUAUUGUGGAUAGUAUUGUUUGGGGCUUCAAGCACACUAUGCGUGAGAUUGCCGACCUUGGACUCCAAAUCUGCCUAGAGCUUCUUGGCAACUUCAGCAAGACCGACGUUGACAUUGCUAGUGAAUUCUAUCGCCGAUACUACUUGAGUAUACUGCAGGAUGUCUUCUUCGUUCUCACUGAUACUGACCAUAAGAGUGGCUUCAAAUACCAGACAGAGGUCCUUGCACGACUCUUUCAACUUGUCCAAGAUGGCGAAAUCCACACACCGCUGUAUGAUCCAAGCAGUGUCCCAGACCCAGCCAUCUCGAAUGCAGUCUUCUUGCGCGAAUAUGUCACCAACUUGCUUCGAAACGCAUUCCCACAUUUGCAAGCCAAUCAAAUCAGCGUGUUUGUUAUGGGCAUGUUCCAGUAUAACAAUGAACCUCUCAAGUUCAAGCAGGAUGUUCGUGACUUCUUGAUCGAACUGAAAGAGUUCGCUGGAGAUACGUCAGACUUGUUCUUGGCUGAACGAGAAGCGGCACAGGAAUUGCUUAGGAAUGAGGAACGAGAAAAGUUGUUGGCAGUUCCAGGAUUGGUUAAGCCCAGUGAGCUUCCUGAUAACAACAUGGAGGACUAGAAUAAGGUUCUCUUCAACUCUAUAAAGAA